CUCAUUUAGUCAUUUUCUGGUAGGUUUCGACUUUAGAGUAACAUACUAGUUUAUAAUAUUAAUAUUAAUUUUGCCAGAAAUCUAAGCUAUAAUUAUAGACAACUAUUAUCAUAUUAGAGCUUAAUUAUACUAAUGAUGGAUAGAUAUGUUAUUGCCUCAUUUGUCUUAAUUAAAAAUAAUAAAACAGAUAUCAAAAAAAUUAUUGGAGAAUUCUCUAAAAAAAGUCUCUCCCUCGCUUAGCUAGGGUUUGAGGUCACCCUUGACGUUUUCAAGAAUACCCUUGCGUUUUUCCGGCGAGAAUUGGGCCGUCAUGACAGAAGAACUAUCCAUACAGUGUUCGCACUUAUCGAUAGAAGGAGAAGACGAUGAUAUUGUGGACUUAGGAGGUAGCACUAACAACUUGGUGGAGAAGAAGAUUGAGUUAUCCCUCGUGGGGAAAGUGCAGACGACUAGGGCUUACAAUUUUGGCGCGAUGAAAAACACCAUGAACCAAAUCUGGUCUCUUUCGAAAAGAGCCGUAUUUAGAGAGAUUGAAAGCGGCCUCUUUGUCAUUCAAUUCUUCCAUUGGAAGGAUAAAGAGAAGGUAAUGAAUGGGAGGCCCUGGUGCUUUGAUCACAAUCUAUUGGUACUCCACGAACUGGCUGCGGGGGUACAGCCGGCCAGCGUUACGUUGGAUACAAACCCUUUCUGGAUUAGGUUUUACGACCUACCGUUCGAAUGCAGGACGACGGAGAAUGUGCGAAUGCUCGCUGCGAAGGUGGGAGAGGUUAUGGAGGUGGAGGAGGACGAGAUUAUAUGGGAUAAAUCAAUGAGGGCAAGGGUUCUCAUGAAAACCCUCAUCCCCCUUCGUCGAACGCAAAAAUUCAAGAAUAGGGCAGGGGUAAUUUUGGAGGCGAGGAUCAAAUAUGAGCGCUUACCACACUUCUGCUUUAGGUGUGGAAGAAUGGGCCAUACAGAGCGAGACUGCCAGGAAGAAGAGGAGGUGAGUACAGAGAAGACGAAGCGUAAGUGGGGGCCUGGUUUGGUGGCUUCACCUCGCAAAGGAAGGGCUCUCCUGGAGGAAGAGGUGAGUUCGAUUCGAAAGGGCCAAAAAUCCCUCUCUUUCCAGACUAAACCCAGAGCAGGUGAGACAAAGGAUGGGGGAGGGGAGGUAAGGAUGGGGAAAAUCAAGGAAAAGGAGAAGGAAGUGGUUGAGCAGGAAAAGGAAGUGACAAUGGAGAAGGUUAGGGCUCGAGUGGAUAACAUAAUGGUGUACGCUAGCAGGCCACGGGAGGAAGAGGACACUACCAUUCACAAGCAUAAGGCGGUGGCAAUUGAACCCGUGCUUGAAAGGGAACACAAUGGAGAGUUAUCACUCUCAUUCUCAGUGGGGAAAGGAGGUGACACAGAGAAAUCGGGGGACACAGUAGGUGGGAGGGGAGGAAGAAGGUGGAAGAAACUGGCUAGGCAGACGGAAAAGAGGGGAAACCAGGCGGAGGAGAGUGAGGAGAGCGGUGUGGUAAGUGGAAAGAGAGACAGAGCUGUUCAUAUGGAGGUAGAUGGUGACUACGUUCCGACCAAGAAGUUCGCUAUUGGGGCUGACCUAAACGCCUCUUUGGGGAUCAUGCACAGGGAGGAGAUUGCUUUGGCGGUGGUUGGCGAGGACCAACCACGCCGGGACCAAUGAGUCUCAUAGGUUUCAACUGCAGGGGUCUGGGCAAUACCGCUGCAGUUAAUAGCCUUCGGAAUCUGAUUCGAAGGGAGGCCCCGUCUCUAAUAUUCCUAUCGGAGACGAAGUUGAGUUGCGGAGAGAUGAUGAAGGUAAAGGCCAAGGUGAGUGGGUACAAUGGAUUGGCAGUUGAUAGUUGUGGUCGGUCGGGGGGUGUUGCACUACUCUGGAGGGAGGAUAUCGUGGUGGAACUUCGUUCUAUGUCGAUCCAUCAUGUGGACGUUUGGGUUCGCGAUGGGCUGGGGGGAAAGGAAUGGAGGUUUACGGGUUUUUAUGGGUGGCCGGAGGUGCAGAAACGCCACCUUUCGUGGAAGUUGCU